UAGAGGUUCGCAUUCUGUAGAUUGGAAGAACCGUUAUACCCAGCUUUUGUUGAAGUGUCCAGUUACUGAAAUUCGAGAACUUCGUAAUUAUACUUAAUUCAGUUAAGAAUGGAGGAGGUUCAGGAACAGAGGUAUCCAAACAAUGUUUUUCUGUUUCGGCUCGCAAUUUUAAAUAGCUUUAAAUACAUCGCAGAAUCGGUGAGUGGAGAUGCUUUUGCAGAUAUUCUUACAAUUCUGAAGUCGAAACCAAAUAUCGUGCAGAAGUUGUACAAAGCGCUGUGCAAGGAGCUUCUCGAUAAUAUGACCGAAGAUUUAGAAGACAUAUUAAGAGAAGGAAGCUUGCAGGAUGGAUUGGAGAAAGUUGCAAAAUUGAUAGACUUAGAUUCAUCCGUGACCGAAGAUGCCUGGAGACCACCAGGUAACAUAUUCUUACAUUUACGUUCACUUGACGCCCAGAUAAUCAAGGAAGAAAGCGAGUUGUUGGAAAAACGGGUAAACGAGAUAGAAGAAGAAAAUGCAAUUUUAAUGAAAGAAGUUACGCAUAAGAGAACAGAAAUAAUGACCAUUAAUGAUAGCAUAACGCGAUCCCUAAGUAGAUCAUCCAUUGUUCAAGAUUUAUUAGAAAAAAGGAUGGAAGGUUUAGAAAAAUGCAUAACGUUAUUACACCGCGAAUAACUGAUAAUAGAAUAGGGUUAUAAAUCUCAAAUAAGUAAUAGAUAAUGUAAGA